GCGACGGGACGGAGGUACCAAUGUCCGGGAAAGUCCAACUCAACAGUUCAGUCUUCCAGAGAGAGAGAGAGAGAGAGAGAGAGAGAGAGAGCGCGCGCGCGUGUGAUUGAUAGACUGUGAAGUCUUCUUAUCCUCAACCCCCAAACUCUCUUUCGCUCUCUCCAAUUCGAUGGCCUCAUCGACUCCACCACCUCUCACCACCACCAAACCCUACCAAAACCACCACCUCCCCCACCACCACCACAACCACCAAACUCAUCCCCACAACCACCGCCAAAGUGUCCAUCACCACCAAUGGACCGCCCUUAAGAAACCCCCACCUCGACACGCCGCCAAGCCCCCUCCAGGCCCCACCACCACCACCACCACUUCAACCUCAACUAGCCCUAACUUCCCUUCUCUCUCCUCCCUCCCUCCCUCCACCAAGUCCGACCUCUCUGCCGACUUCUCCGGCCGACGAUCCACCCGCUUUGUCUCCAAGUUGCACUUCGGCCGCCCCAAAACCGCCUUCGCCAGCCGCCACACCUCCUCCGCCGAAGAAGCCCUCCACCUCGCGAUACGACACCGUUCCGACGAUAAUAAUAGUAGCCACAUAGACUCCCUCUUGCUUAAUUUCCAACACAAGCUUUCUGGCACGGACGAUUACACCUUCUUGCUUCGCGAGCUCGGCAAUCGUGGCGAGUACUCGAUGGCGAUGCGGUGCUUCGAGUUCGCGGUGCGUAGAGAGAGGCGGCGUAAUGAGCAGGGUAAGCUUGCUAGUACUAUGAUUAGUGUUCUUGGUAGGUUAGGAAAGGUUGACUUGGCUAGGAAAGUGUUUGAUACUGCUGUUGUUGAAGGCUAUGGUAACACUGUCUACGCUUACUCCGCUUUAAUUAGUGCUUACGCGAAAAGUGGGUGCUGCGAUGAAGCCAUUAAGGUCUUUGAGACCAUGAAAAGUUGUAAUUUGAAGCCGAACUUAGUGACUUAUAAUGCUUUGAUUGAUGCUUGUGGGAAAGGGGGUGUGGGUUUCGAUCUGGCUUCGGAGAUUUUUGAUGAAAUGUUGGGAAAUGGAGUGCAACCGGAUCGAAUUACAUUUAAUUCCCUUCUUGCUGUCUGUAGUGGUGUGGGCUUGUGGGAGACUGCGAGGAAUUUGUUUAGCGAGAUGGUUUAUAGAGGAAUUGAACAAGAUAUUUAUACGUAUAAUACUCUUCUUGAUGCUGCUUGCAGUGGUGGGCAAAUGGAUGUGGCUUUUGAAAUUAUGUCGGAGAUGCCUACGAAGCACAUAUUGCCUAAUGAGGUAACUUAUAGUAUUAUGAUUCGGGGAUGUGCAAAAGCGGGGAGAUUAGACAAAGCACUAAGUUUGUUUAAUGAGAUGAAGUUUGCUGGUAUUAAUUUGGAUAGAGUUUCUUAUAAUACUUUGCUUGCGAUUUAUGCUAGUCUUGGUCGGUUUGAGGAGGCUUUGAGUGUUGGGAAUGAGAUGGAGAGUAUGGGAAUUAAGAAGGAUGUUGUCACAUAUAAUGCUCUUCUUGAUGGGUAUGGGAAACAAGGGAAGUAUGAUAAAGUUAAGGAAUUGUUCUCAGAGAUGAAAGCAGAGUGGCUUUCGCCUAAUUUAUUGACCUACUCAACUUUGAUUAGUGUCUAUUCUAAAGGGGAUCUGUAUAAAGAGGCAAUGGAGGUUUAUAACGAGUUCAAGCAAAAAGGGUUGAAGGCGGAUGUUGUCUUCUAUAGCAAACUCAUAGAUGCGUUGUGCAAAAAGGGGCUAGUGGAGUCUUCUGCAUUAUUGCUAGAUGAGAUGACAGAGAAAGGGAUUCAACCUAAUGUAGUCACGUAUAAUUCUAUAAUUAAUGCCUUUGGGCAGUCAGCCACUGGAGAAUGUCCAGAUGGAAUCAUUGAGUCACUGGUACAAUCUUCACCUUCAGUGUUUUUUCGAGAGGAAAAUGAUGAAGAUGACAGUAUCAUAAAGAUUUUUGAGGAGUUAGCUGCUGAAAAUUCAUGUCAUUCAAAGCAAGAUAACAGAAUCGGACAAGAGAUUUCAUGCAUCUUGGGAGUUUUCCAAAAGAUGCAUAAUCUAAGAAUAAAGCCAAAUGUUGUCACAUUUUCAGCAAUUUUAAAUGCUUGCAGCCGUUGUAAUUCAUUUGAAGAAGCAUCAAUGUUAUUGGAGGAACUUCGAUUAUUUGAUAAUCAAGUGUAUGGUGUGGCACAUGGACUUCUCAUGGGCCAAAGAGAGAAUGUGUGGAUGCAAGCUCUAUCCCUUUUUGAUGAGGUGAAGCAGAUGGACUCUUCAACAGCAUCUGCCUUUUAUAAUGCUUUGACUGACAUGCUGUGGCACUUUGGUCAGAGACAAGGAGCCCAACUGGUGGUGCUUGAAGGCAAACAACGUCAUGUGUGGGAGAACACAUGGUCUGAUUCUUGCUUAGAUCUGCAUCUGAUGUCUUCUGGUGCUGCACGCGCAAUGGUCCAUGCCUGGCUUCUCAACAUUCGUUCUGUAGUUUUCGAAGGCCAGGAGUUGCCCAAACUACUGAGCAUUUUAACAGGAUGGGGCAAACACAGCAAAGUGGUCGGCGAUGGGAUGUUAAAGCGAGCAAUUGAGACACUUCUUGUUGGAAUGGGUGCACCAUUUCGGGUUGCCCAGUGCAAUAUUGGCAGGUUUACAUCAACUGGCGCUCUGGUGACUGCCUGGUUGAGAGAAUUGGGAACUCUAAAAGUCCUCAUUCUUCAUGAUGACAGAAAGCAUACGGGAACUGCAACAUUGGAGCUUCGUCCUCCAUUCCAAACAAUCCCCUUGUAGCAUUUUGUACCUCUAUGUAUCAAGCAAUUCCCUUGUAUUUUUUGUAUAUGUAUGAUUUUCAUCUAUCAGUUCGUUUUUGGGGGCUUUGCUGCCAACAUUUUUAUUCCAUGUAAAUUUAGUGGUCCAAAAAUCUACCUCGGUCUCUUUCUCUGAGGACUCGCAAAUGUAUAAUUUCUCAUUUCUUCAGUGCAAGUUAACAGUUUUGUCUGUUC